CGGCCGCGAUGAGGACGGCGGAGGAUUCCAGUGGGACCGUUCUGCACCGCCUCAUUCAGGAGCAGCUGCGAUACGGCAACCUCACGGAGAACCGCACGCUGCUGGCCAUCCAGCAGCAAGCACUGCGCGGAGGCGGCACGGGCAGCCCCCGCUCGUCCCUCGAAAGCCUUACCCAAGAGGAAAGCCAAAUGGUGCAGCAGUCCACACGGCAGGAGCCCCAGGGCCAGGAGCAUCACUCCGACCAUGUCUACUUGGAAAACAGCCUCUAUCGGCUUUAUCAGCCCCAGCACAAGGGCGAGGAGCUGCCCACGUACGAGGAGGCCAAGGCUCACUCGCAGUACUAUGCCUCGCAGCGGGGCGGCCAGCAGCCCGGCGGGCACGGCCAGGGCGCUCCUGUUGAAAGCGGGCAGCGCAAGGCUGAGAUCGGUGCCCGGCGCCCGGACGACUCCCUGAAGGACCUGAAGCACGGCCACGUGAGGUCCUUGAGCGAGCGCCUCAUGCAGAUGUCUCUGGAGAGGAACGGGGCCAAGGCGCAGAACCACAUGAGCUCGUCCCACAGCUACCCCCAGCUUUCCAGGCACUACCAGCUCUCUGCCCUCAGGGGCCAGCACUCGGAGGGGACGGAGCCGCGGGGACCUCCACCGGAGUACCCCUACAUCCUCCCCUCCCAGGACACCUCCGUCGCUUACCUGGCAGAUCCCAGAGCCUGCUCUCAGGAAGGUCCGGCAUUUCAGCACCCCAGCGUCAGGGUGAUGCCGCCCCACGUCUCUCCGGCUUUCCUGCCGCAGCAGAGUCCCCUGUGCCACAGCCCGCUGGGCUCGCUCAGCCCGGCUGGGAUGGAGGCCUUGAUGACAGCCCAGGUGGCCUCUGCCAGCACCCGCUUGGCCCACGCGGAGACCGUGCUGAGAGACAACGAGAAGCUGCUGCGGGAGAACGAGAAGCUGCAGCGGGAGAGCGAGAAGCUCCGGCGGGAGCUGGAGGGCUACGCCGAGAAAGCAAGCCGGAUCCAGAAGCUGGAAACAGAGAUUCAGCGCAUUUCGGAGGAUUAUGAAAACCUCAUGAAGGCCUCUUCCAAGCGGGAAGCACUGGAGAAAGCCAUGAGGAGUAAGAGAGAUGGGGAGAUGCGUCGGCUCCAGGACUUCAACCGGGACCUGAAAGAACGGCUGGAGUCUGCAAACAAACAGCUGGCCAGCAAGACCCAGGAAAACCAGGAGAAUAAUCAAGGCACUGUGACGAAACUCCUUGCGCAAAGCUACGAGCACCAGCAGGAGAAGGAGAAGCUGGAGCGGGAAGUGUCCCUGCUGCGCAGCGCUAACGAGGACCAGCGGCGCCGGGCAGAGCUGUUGGAGCAGGCGCUGGGCAGCGCCCAGGCCCGCGCCGCCAAGGCGGAGGCCGAGCUGCGCAAGAAGCGGGCGUACGUGGAGAAGGUGGAGAGGCUGCAGGCAGCGCUGGGCCAGCUCCAGGCCGCCUGCGAGAAGCGGGAGCAGCUGGAGCUGCGGCUCCGCACUCGCCUGGAGCAGGAGCUGAAGAUGCUGCGGGCUCAGCAGAGGCAGGCAGGCGCCCCAGGUGCGGGAGCCUCGGAGCUGAGCGCCCACACGCUCUCCGAGCAGCUGAGGGAGAAGGAGGAGAAGAUUCUCGCCCUGGAGGCCGACAUGACCAAGUGGGAGCAGAAGUACCUAGAGGAGUGCACCAUGCGGCAGUUUGCCAUGGACGCUGCGGCCACCGCGGCCGCCCAGACGGCCACCACGCUCCAGCACUCUCCCAACAGCAGCUUCAACGAGGACCUCCUCUUGGCCAACCACAAGCACCAGGAGAUGGAGAGCAGGUUAAAAGCCCUGCACGCCCAAAUCCUGGAGAAGGAUGCCAUCAUCAAAGUGCUGCAGCAGCGCUCGCGGAAGGACCCCAGCAAAGCCCUCCAAGGCUCCCUGCGGCCGGCCAAGUCUGUGCCAUCCAUCUUUGCAGCCUCUGGGAGCCAGAGCUGGCAGGGUGCUGGCCCGAGCGAGCGGCUGGCAGAGGGCACCUCCCGUGGAUGUGCAGCAGGCAAAGCCCCAGCGGAAGAAGCAGCAGCGCUGCCCGCCCCUGCCCUCCUGCCCUUUCACUCCAAGCACGGCAGCAAGGACGGCAGCACGCAGACGGACAGCCUGGCUGAGAGCAGCGGCCAGGGCGAGGGGCCCAAGUGCCCAGCCAGCUCGCUGGAGAACUUGGCUGCUACCAGAGCCCUUGACCUGUCUGACAUGGUGGAGAUCUUGAUUUAAAGACGGGCAGUUCUGGCCACCCAGGGCAGACGUGUCAUCCUCUCCCAACUCACAGACUGUUGUGUGGUCAGAGAAGCCCUUUGGUCACAAGCUGCCCGGACGGGACUUGUUCUCCAUAGCAGCAAAUUCCUGGAUGGCGGAGUUUGAGGGAAGAAGGCUUCGCAGGGAGGAUGUCACAGUCUGCGGGG